AUGCCUCGAAUUCCAGACUCUGCUGUGGUGGUUGUCACCGACCGAAAUGCCUCUCUCAGCUUACUGGAGAUGUUCAUGAGACUCCAUGGGUUUGCAGGAGCAGGACUCCAAACCACCCCCUGCCUCCGAUCAAAUCAGACAGUAAUAACACGCCGUGGCGCCGGAGCCAAUCCCGCGCGCGGCCGGCGCGGUGACCUUGCCGAUCCGGCGGCGAUUGGCGGCGUUGGGCCUUGGCGGUGGCCGUGGGCAGCCGUCACCGGCCACCGGAGAGCGGGGAGCGGCGUCAGUGCUAAUGGAGUCUGUCAGCGUGCAGGGCCCCGGCUGCGCUCGGAGCGUGGUGGAGCAGCCGGGAGCCAGGGCUGCGGAGCUGCCACAAGGCCCCGAGGACGCCCAGGCCCGAGGCCUUCGCGGUGGCCGGCGGCCACUUGGCACCGGCCGACCAGGCCUUACCUGGGCGGUUUCAGGGGAAGUCUUCCCACGCUCUCCCUUGGAAGUAGGCAGGCUGAAUUUCCCAUGCUGAAGCCCACCAGUGUCUUGUUAGGUGGAUGGAGAGCGUCGCUGCUUGAAAUUAAGCAAAAUAUUCUGCCUGCACCUGAUGUAGCAGCUGGAUGUCUUGGUGGCGUUACUGCUCUUAGAGUUCAACUGGCCGGGGUCCAACCAGAAGGGCCUGUUCCAGCUCCCAGGGACAUUAGUGGAAAGAUGCUCACUGAUUCCUUGUGUGCUGGAGAAAGGGCUGUAGGAGUAACCAUGCAGGGAUAAGUUUUUGCAACACAUCAACAGUUAAUUCUGAAGCGAUCUUAAAAUGAUAAAAAUCCUGUGAAUCGCAAGUUUGCAAAGCAAUAUUCUUGAGAACCUGAAGUGAGCAACAGCGACUCCUGACACCAGAAAAAAUGGUUUGUGGAUUUUCCAAAUGAUACACAGCUGCCAUUUGGGCGUUAAGUGCUAUUCUUUUAGGUCCUUGCUUAUUCAGUAAUGAGUGAUGAUAAAACUACAAUUUUUUUGUGCUUUUUUUUUUGCCUAUAAGCAAUGUACUUUGUAUACAAACCUUCUAUCUUCUCAUAUGUACAGUAUAGUACAAGUAUUUAUAGGUCUGUAGAAAAGGCUAAUGAACAGAGCAUACUCUGAAGAGAACAGUCAUGAGACUUCAUUUGUUCCCUACAUGCUGCAAUAAUACUAAUACACCUUUUACUCCACAGAAUGGCUUGUACUUGGGGAAUUGUGUUUCAUCCAAUUUUCUUGCAAAUAAUGAACAAGUUCCCCCAGGUUUAUUGGCACUGUCUUGUGCACACUUUUUUGGUGUAAAUUAUUUAUUCUACUAAUUUAACAGCAAACAGUCCAGGAUAGUGAGCUUAGUGAGGCAAUUUCAUACAUAUUGGUUGUAGGUUAAUUAUUUAGGGAUUGAGAUAUCUCUGGUAAUGCCAAAUAAGUACAGACCUAAUCAGAGAAAGCACUUGAAUGUGUCUAGGUUUUCCAAAUCUCAGAUCAUGCAACCACUACUCGAUGGUCAUUAAGUUUGGUGUUUUAUUGCAAAAAAACACAAAUGUGUUUUGAGAUAACACACAAGUUAACCCUUAGAGUUCCCACCACUUCCCAGGAGAUAGACUCUUUGGUCCCUAUGAGCCAGCUAAUCAGAAUGUUCAGAUCCACAUAUUCUGUUAUUCUGGAAAUGGAGAUGGUUAAGGAUGUUUUUGGAUAUGUGGCUUGUGGGAUAGCUUAAAUAUUUGGAGGCUGUAGAAAUGUGAAUGCUGAAGAAUCAACAGAUAAAUCAUAUUUAGGACUACAAUAAUACCUCUUCUGCUGAUUUUUUUUUAUAAAGGUGGUGUGCAGACACACAGCAGAGAUAGCUUAACUGCUAUAAUUGUCACUGCUUUAUUUUUAUAGAGAGGUUUUGGUGCUAAUCAUUUGAAAAACAUGAAACAUCUCAAGUCCUGUGUAGCAUCACUAUCCAGUGUCAGUUUAAUGGGUACUGUGUAAUUUUUUUAAAUCAAUGAGGAAAACAUUUUAUCAGUGUGAGGGUUUUUUUCAGCUGACAUGCAAUAAAUUGGGU